AAUUAGAAGAGUUAGAUAUUUAAAUGAUAUUGUAAUAGGUUACAACUCUUUUUUCGAAGUAAUGCAGAUAAAAGAAUUUGAGAUUAGAUUUUGAAAAUCAUAUUCCAGAUAGCGAGUAUAUAAUUUCAGAUUAGAGAUGAAUUAAGUAGAUAUUAAUAUAUAAUUCUUAAAAGUUUACAUUAAAUGGUUCAAUAUAAAUAAAGGUUUUAGGUGUUUAGAAUGAUUUGGAAUAAUUCUCAGUAGUAGAUACAGGGAUUGGAAUGGGAAAAUUUGUUGAAGAAAACCUAAGAAUAAUGUUUGAUUAAGACUUAAAAGUUGAAUAAUAAUUAUCAUCAAAUGCUGCUGAGUGUAGAUUAAGAUGUUAUUUGGCAAAUAAAAUAUGUUUACUUUUUUCUAAUAAGCAAUUCAAAUUUGAAUUUAAGAGAAAUUAAGUUGGAACAACUUUUUGGUUUUUGGCUGAUAAUAAUAUGUAACCUUCAUAUAGUAUAGGCAAGAUGUUUCGAAUUCAAUUAAUUAAUAAGCAUUCCUAUAUUGAUUUAAAGUAAAUCAUAGAUAGAAAUAUCAAUUGGUAAGAAGUUGAGUAAAGUAGCAAGUAUAAUUAAAUAAAGUGAUUUUAUUUUUAAAAUGAUAAAUUGUAUAUAAAGUCUCUUUAAAUUUAAAAUCAAGAAUUAUAUCAUUCAGAUAUUUAAUUGACCCUGUUUAGGAAAAUACAGAAAGUGUUUUUAAUGAAGAAGUCAAUUCAAAAGAAAGAAAAGCUAGAAAGUAUAUUCUAAAUAGGAAAAUUAAAAAUAAAUGA